AUGCUCCAACUCGAUCGUCUUUUAUUCCUUGUAGCCGAUGGUCGUGUUUGGAUCUUGAUCGUCAGUUGGUUUUCGCUUGGCCUGGUACUGAUGCUAGGUCUCAUUGAAGUUGAAUUGCUCGAAAAAUCGUCGCUGUGUCCUGAGAGGACACUAUCCGGUGAUCAACAGGGCCUCGAGAUCAACGACAAGGAUGAUGUCCCAGACGACAAGGAAAAUCCACACGGUCCUUCGAUACCUCCUCAACCGCCAAAGUUCGAUCAGUACAAAGGAGCAGCCAUCCCUCAGCAUGCUAGCAGUCCUUGA